AAAUCAUGAAUUAUCCCUACAUAUGAGACCGCUGGCCACCUCAUUCCACCAUGUUCAUCCCCUACAACCCCACCGAGAUGCAACCGGGCAAAUCGCGUCGACCCGUCCACGCCCUGGUCGCCGCCCGCGCCGCCCAGCGCCGCCAACAGCACCAGUCCUCACGGUUCCAGCGUGGCUUGAGCACAUUCGUGGUAGAGCCCGCAGCAGACCCAACGAACAGGGAUGAUCAUCCAGACCAAGAUCGACGCCGACGGGCCGUGCAGCGCAUUUCCGAUCGAAGGCCUCCGAGCCUGAGCCCGAUCGGCACGGGGCGGUUCUACCCGCUGGCGACCCCGGCCUCCAAGGGGCCCUGCACCGCCCGCGCGCUCUCCUACUACUUCGACAUCCUCCUCCCGCACGACUCGCAAGUCCUCAGCCACGCCCCCGCCCAGCGCCGGACCUACGGCUCCGUCUUCCUGCACUGGUCCGCCCACCACGACAUGAUGCUGCACGGCCUCGCCGUGUUCGCGCUGUGCAACCUCGAGUCCCAGGCCGAGGACCUCUCCCCAGCCUCCGCGCAGCUGCACGCGGCCGCCCUCUACCACCGGGGACGCCUCCUCGCCGAGAUCCAACACACCCUGGCCACGGGCCACGUCACCGACCUCCUCAUCUCCGCGCUGACCCUCCUGAUCACGGUGGACGACUACCUGACCAACGUCGCCUACAGCCGCGCUCACACGGCGGGCUUCGAGGCGGUGAUCCGCGCCCGCGGCGGGGAAGCGCAGGUCGGCUCGUCCGUGCCCGCCAUCAGCCAGGACCUACGGAUGGCCGCGAACGUCGCCCGGAGUCUGUUGCGUCCCGAUCUCCCUCAAGGCUUCGCCACCCUCCUCACCCACAACCGCAUCACCGGGGCCUCCCUCGCCCUCCUCGCCAGCUUCCACGACUGGCACGACCGAUACCUCCUGGUCGACGACCCCAGCCACAUCCCCGUGUGGCGGUACACCGCCGCCCACCCGCUGAACCCCGUCGAGAAAUGCAUCUUCGUCGCCCUGCUGUGUCUCGCCGACGACGUCAGCCACAUGGGGCUCCACCCGGCCGCCGUGAUCUUCCGGCAGCCGAGGAAACGGGCGGAGAUGCUGUGGGCUGUGCCCAACUUGUGGACGGAUGCGGUGCUGCGGGACUGUGUGGUGUGGUUGUGGAUGGUGAUUACCACGCCCCGGAAUCCGGGGUUGACGCCGUUGCGGGUGCAGCGGGGGUUGUGGGACCGGAUCCGUAAGGAGGUGAGCGGGGAUUUGAGGGCGUGGGAGUGGGCGGAGGUGGAGAGGGUGUUGAGGGGGUUUGUGUUUGAUGGGCGGAGGGCGGGGGUUUGGGAGGGGACUUUUGGGAGGAUGGUGCGUGGGGAUGGGGGGGUUGAGGGGUGA